AUGCCAAAGUCAGAUGACGGCCCUUCUCAGCCCGACAAACCUGCAGUCACCCCUCUUCACCCUGCAUACACUGUCACGAAUGUUCAGUCCAAGAUUCGGACCCUUGAUGGCACCAAAGUAACAUAUUCCCAAUGGGUCAAGCUGUUCACCUUUCAUGCCAUCGCUUACAAGGUCCUAGACCAUAUCGAUGACACCCAAAAACCAACCAAAACUGACCCUGAUUAUGAAACAUGGAAAGAAAUCGAUGCUUUGGUCUCUCAAUGGAUCUAUAGCACAAUAUCCGAUGACUUGCUGGGCACCGUUCUUGAUACCACCGCUUCGGCUCGAACCACUUGGCUUCAACUUCAGAAAAAAUUCUUGGGAAACAAGCAAGCCAAGGCAGCGGCUCUGGAGACUCGUUUCGUUAACCUUACACUCGCUUCAUGUGCCUCAGUCGAUGAUUAUUGCCAACAGUUGAAAGAACUAGCAAACCAACUCUCGGAUGUCGAUCAACCCGUUAAUGAGAGCCGAAUGGUACUGCAGUUGGUCAGAGGUCUUUCUGCCGAAUUUGACACCACCGCCCAACUCAUUCAUUCACAGCAGGCCGACUGGGACACGGCCCGUACUAUGCUUAAUGAUGAGGUUAUCAGGUUGGAAGCUCGGAAACAACAAUCCUCUUCGGUCCUCUACACACCCGCCCCUACAACCCACACCACUAAUCAGCAACACCCUGCUCACCCUUCAGAUAAUAAUCGACAGCAGCAACAGCCUUCCUCGUACAGGGGCAGAGGCCGCGGACGCGGUCAGGGCUACCGUGGACGCGGAGGAAGAGGAAGAGGAAACAGGGGUCAACCACCUCCAACACCCUGGAAUUUUAUGAACUACACGGGACAGCAGCCGCAAUUCCCACAGUGGGCGUGGUGGUCCACCCCCCCGUGUCCAUACCCCACUCAGACUACAUGGAAACCCAGCCCCAACCCGGCCCCACAGCAUCCGUCAGCAAAUUUUGCGGGUCAGCCACAUCCGGCCCCACCCUCAUACGGGUAUUCACCUUCGGGUUUCGAUGCUCUCAGCCCUUCGGAUCUCAGUGCAGCCUUCCAAACAAUGCAGUUACAAUACCAGGAUCCGAAUGCUGUGAUGGACACUGGAGCAGAACAACAUGCCACGGAAAAUCGAGGAUCUCACAACGGGGCGUCUGCUUUCCCGCCACAAUAGCACCGGCAACCUCUAUCCCAUCACUCCACCAACGCUACCACCACAAGCAUGUUUUCUCGCAUCUUCAACUUUGCCUUGGCAUGAUCGCCUUGGACAUCCAGGGACUCAAGUUUUAGAUGUUCUUAGCAGACGUUUUGGUUUUUCAUGUACCCAUAAUAAAGUUUCUAAUUUGUGUCAUUCUUGCCAAGUUGCUAAUAGUAAACGUUUACCGUUCUUUGAAUCU